AGAAAACAAAUGAAGUCUCGUUAGAAUUGCGCGAUUUAAGGCCAAGUCUCGCAAAGUUCUUCCUUUUACGUUCCACGCCGAUCGCCAUGCCAGCCAAGACAGUUAAACGUCCAGGCAAGGUCCUGUCCAAUAAAGGUGGCAAAAAGAAAAAGACCACCCUAAGGUACACAAUCGACUGCACUCAUCCUGUUGAAGAUGGUAUUAUGGAUGUAGGAACAUUUGAGAAAUACUUACAAGAGCGUAUCAAGGUUGAAGGGAAAACUGGCAACUUUGGAAAUAAUGUUUCCCUUGAGCUUCAGAAAAACAAAAUCAAUUUGACCAGUGAGAUUCCAUUCUCCAAAAGAUACCUCAAGUAUCUAACAAAGAAAUAUUUGAAGAAACACAAUCUGAGAGAUUGGUUGCGUGUGGUAGCUUCCUCAAAAGAGGCCUUUGAACUGAGAUAUUUCCAGAUUAAUCAAGAUGAUGAAGAGGAGGAGGAAGAUUAAAGUCAUUUGUAAUGAAUUGAGUAAUAAAUAGUACCAGUCCAAAUUU